CAGAAGAAGAAGUGACAACCGGGCUAGGUUGUUUGCCUAUGUUCUGUUGCCAGCAUUCUCUGUCAGUCACUUCAUAUAUGUCCCGUGGAUGUUGUUGCCAUUCAUUAUUACAAAUUACACACACCACAGCAUGUUUGGUAGCUAGAUAAUUUGCUUAGAGUUUACCUAUCGUACAUACCGUGAUAAGAUUUGACGAGAUGACUGAAAGCUGCUGCCCUCCCAAGCGUCCUGGUGUCGGAGUAGGGGUUCUUGUCACUGAUUCAGCCCACCCCAAUUGCGUCCUCUUAGGGAAGCGGAAAAAUGUACAGGGUAAAGGAACCUAUCAGCUACCUGGUGGUCACCUAGAAUUCGGUGAGACGUGGGAAGAAUGUGCGCGCAGGGAGGUGACCGAAGAGGCAGGCGUGCGCCUGAAAAAUGUCAGGUUUGUAUCGGUGGUGAACUCCAUCAAGGUGGAAGAGCAGUAUCACUAUGUCACCAUCUUCAUGCAUGGAGAACUGGACAUGAACUACCCCGCAGAGCCGGUCAACCUCGAACCAGAGAAGAAUGAAGGUUGGACCUGGACAAAGUGGGACCAGUUUCCUCAAGAAGACCAGCUGUUCCUGCCUCUAGCCUGCCUGAGAAAACAGGGCUUCCAGCCGUUCGACGGUGCGGGACGAGAUGCAGCGUAGUGCUGCUGCGUAGACCCAGAGACAGGAGAUGGGGAUCGCAGAAGUACUGAUCUGCAGGACCUUAUCAAGUCACGCAAUUGGGUCAACGUUAACAGAAUACUCUGUUCAAAUUUAAUUUGUAUGACUUAUUUCCUGUGUGGGAAGUGAAUGUGUGAUGAUGAAUUGUACAAUGCAAGAGAGGGGCAAGUAUAUUUACAGUACUGAAAUGUUAAUUCAGAAAUAACUUGUAGGUAGUCAUUCAAAAUUAUAACUCAUUCAAUAAUCAGUUUUAGAAGAUCAUUUAACACUUCUACAGUAGACUUAGAUGUACAACAAGUGAAAAGACUAGUCAGACUUGAUAAAAUGUCUCAUCGUUUUGUUGCAGUCCUCCCGAAUUACAGCAAGGUGGCACUAAAGACCCAGGCUGUCAUCACUGUGGUCCACAGAGUUGUUGUGACUGUGGCAGCAGAGCUGUAGAAGGCUUUGUCAUGUGCGUAGGUGAUGAUGUGUUGGACUCCGGCGUAGGCCUCCUCACAUGCUGGUUGGAUCUGGUCCUCAGGGAGUUUGAAGCCGUACUCGCCCUUGUCCCUCAGCUCAAAGGUGAAUGACAACGGGAUGCCAAUCAGCCUGGCGUAGUCACGAGAUGAGCCCGAGUUUGGGUCUGGAGGAAGACAGCAUAACAAAGUAAAGAAAGUUGUAAUAUGACAAACUGGAGGAUGACUACUAUGUUGAAGAUGACAAAGGGAACAGGAUAUUCCUGUAACUUCCUAUUAAUGAGUCAUUAUGUUCUCUCUGUCUUAAUACUUACACAGUAUAUCAGGCGAGGUACCAACAGUAUAGUCCAUUCCAUGGACAGCCUUUAUAGCCUUGGCUGCUCCCAGACCCACCUCCAUCUGGGGACACAGAGACAGGUUAUUAAGACCUGAAACACACAUUAUUCCCCCCCGUUCUCAAGACCAGUCUUUAACGGUUACAACACUACUUUCUUUUUAUGAGGGCCGUACCAGCUCAUUGUAGUUGGGUGCUGAGAUGUUUGGGUGUCCGUAGGGCACAAGGAUCAACUGGCUGUAGGAGUGGAUGGUUAAGAAAGCCAGGAUGUCUCCACUCAUCUUCCCCAACAUGUCGGUCACGGCCCGGGCCUCGGGCUCCGAGAGAGCCUUGGUGCCGCAGUAGGUCUCUGCACAGCAGUUUGUGGAGACACCAACCGCUACAAAGACAGGAGAAGAAAUAAUUUGUAUGGGUGUGUGAUCACGGAUGCAUUUACUUAGAUAGCCAAAAUCAGAUCUUUUGCCAGUUAUUUGUAUGUCUAUCGCAUCUUGUCAUUAACUGCAAAAAUAAAAUAAAAAAAUUCUUCACAGAUCUUGUCAAAUGUAAAUCUCAGUUUACACAGUCAGAAAGGGCAUGAGAUGACCUUUAAUCUCAAUAACUCAAUAAUGCAGAAAUCCUGAAGGCAAGCAGAAUUUGGGCUAUAAGGUUACAUUGUAAACACAGUCUUAGAAUAAAAACCAUACUCACUGCCCCAGUUAGCGUAGAAGUUGCGAUUGAGAUCUGUUCCAUAACAGGUACAUCCAACUGGUCCUGGAGAUCUGGACUUCCUCCACAGUCUAGUCUAGAGAGAUAUGAACCACUAGUCACAGACUGGAAGUGAACUACUGCAAUGAAUCAUAAUUAUGUUACAAUCGACCAAGCAAGUAGACGCUGCUGUUACAUAUAAGCCUCAACAUGCUGUCAUAUCCAGUCAUGUUAACCUGUUUCAUGAGCUCCCCUGCUACAUAGAAUGAGGGUUGGUUUGUGGGUGAGAUUGUAGGUGGAUGUGGACUCUGCACUCUACUUACACUGUUAUUUAACCAAGAGUAGAUAUAGCCGUCAACGUUUAGCACCGGAGUGACAUAGAAAUCCAGGUUUUUCAUCAUCUCCUUUACUUUGGUGUCGGUUUUGUACCUUUGCAGGAUCUAUUGGUAGAAAUAAAAAGGGGGAUUUCUGACAAACACACUCACCCCUUGACAUAUCAAAAGAUUAACAUUUGCAGUGUAAUUGACACACACCUCUUUAACAAAGUACUGGCAGAAAGCAGGAGCGAUCCACUCUCUGGCAUGAAUCCCACAGUCCAUCCAGAUAGCCUUCUUCCUCUUUGUGGAAUUCAAACCAAUCUGCACCACCGCAAUUAAGUAUAUUAUGUGAGAGAUGAGUAUAUUCAAGUUUUAUUUUCAUUAACCAAGUGAUGGUCAACUUUGCCUUUUUCUCCUAUUAGGUACUGUGAUGUUACAUACAGGAUAGAGCUAAACAAACUCCAUUGUGGACUAUAGAGCCACCACUCUGGUGGAGAGAGAUGAAUUACCUUCAGUAAGGUGAUGUUCCUCUCCUCAUAGGUUUGACCGUAGACCAUGGAUGAGACAACAUCUGGGUUCUCCCUCUUCAUCUUUUCCAUCCAGUCACUGAUCUAUGGGUUGCAUCAUUCAGGCGUGUGUGUGUGUGUGGUCACCUGUGUAUGUUUAUAUGCAUACUCACACUCACCUCUGCCAUAUUGUGGUACCUGGUGUAAUAGUUCCUCUCAGUGGUGUCUUUUCCAUUCCACCCAGCACUGUACAAUUUCACACACAAUUGCCAAUCUUUACAUUCUUAUUAACCUUGGAUUAACCUAUGGAAUGUACAUCCAACCAAUAUAUUUUUAGUCCAUUUAAAAUGAAUACACUUGUUUUAUUUGCUGGUUUUCAGUUAUAUCUGUAUGCCAGACUGGCCAGGUCAUCAUUCACAUGAUGCUAACUUUUGGUAUCCCUUCCAGACUCACCUGUCUGGGGCUCCAUGUCCAUUCUGCACAGUCAGAGCCAACAGAACCAAUCCAACAGAACCCAAACACAACAUCAUAUAUGCUAGGCCCUCUUCCCUUUUUUGACUGAUCUUUCCAACUGUCUAUUAGUUUGUCAAUCAGUUUACCUGUAGGGAGGGGACUUUAAACUAUUCCCUAUCUAGAUAAAGACUCACCUUUUCCACAAAAGGACUGUCAUUACUUCAGCCACACCUUGUUUUCUCUGUUAAUGAGUCAUCUGAACUGGAAUUCAUGUGGACAUACUUCAAAAAUAUUACAUGAAACAUUUUGGUGUUUGUAUAUUUACUGAUAUGUGUUUGUUUUGCCGAAUAUUGUGGAAAUAGAUGGACAUUGUGCUUUGUCAUACAACUUCCACUGACAAGGUAUUUGAAAUAAAAAAUAAAGAUUAAAUCAA